AUGGCCACCUUCCUGGAGACGUCGUACAGUCUGGUACACAUGGACAACACGGCCGAUCAACCCUCACAGCAAGAUCUCAAGACGGCGCUGGAAAAGGGUAGCGAGGAAUCCAAGGUCGAGACGAUGAAGCGCAUCCUCACCAUUAUGCUCAAUGGAGACUCAAUGCCCAACCUGCUCAUGCACAUCAUCCGCUUUGUCAUGCCCUCCAAGAGCAAACAGCUGAAGAAGCUGCUCUAUCUCUACUACGAAAUCUGUCCCAAGUUGGAUGCGAGUGGGAAGCUAAAGCAGGAGAUGAUUUUGGUGUGCAAUGGCAUCCGAAUGGACCUGCAGCACCCCAACGAGUACAUUCGCGGCAACACCCUCCGAUUUCUAUGCAAGCUGCGCGAGCCCGAGUUGAUCGAACCCCUCCUCGCCCCCGCCCGCGCCUGUCUCGAACACCGGCACUCCUAUGUCCGCAAAAACGCCGUCUUCGCCAUUGCCUCCAUCUACUCCCACUCCGAGGCCUUGAUGCCCGAUGCCCCCGAACUCAUCCACACCUUCCUCGACGGCGAGAGUGACAACACGUGCAAGAGGAAUGCCUUUGCCGCCCUUUUGAGCAUCAGUCAUGAAAAGGCGUUGGAAUACUUGAGCGGCGUCUUCGAGGGCAUCCCCAACGCAAGUGAGCUGCUGCAGCUGGUCGAGUUGGAGUUUAUUCGCAAGGAUGCCGUGCUGAACCAGCAGAACAAGGCGCGCUACUUGCGCCUCAUCUUUGAUAUCCUCGAAGCAAAGGACUCCACCGUCGUGUAUGAGGCCGCCUCAUCCCUCACCGCCCUCACCAACAACCCCGUGGCCGUCAAGGCCGCCGCCGCCAAGUUCAUCGAGCUGAGCAUCAAAGAGUCGGACAACAACGUCAAGCUGAUUGUGCUGGAAAAGGUCAAUACGUUGAGGAAAGCGAAUGAAGGCAUCCUCGACGACCUCACCAUGGAAAUCCUGCGGGUCCUGUCCAGCCCCGAUCUGGACGUGCGGAAAAAGGCGCUCGAACUGGCCAUGGACAUGGUCUCGAGUAAGAAUGUCGAAGAGGUGGUCAUGCUGCUUAAAAAAGAACUGGCCAAGACGGUGGACGAGCAGUACGAGAAGAACAACGAGUACCGGUCCCUGCUCAUCCACUCCAUCCAUCAGUGCGCCAUCAAAUUCUCCGAAAUCGCCCAGAGUGUGGUCGGCUUGCUCAUGGACUUCAUCUCCGACUUCAACAACGCUUCCGCCGUGGAUGUCAUCUCAUUCGUCAAGGAGGUCGUCGAGCGUUUCCCCAAGAUGCGUAGCUCCAUCGUUGCGAGGCUGGUAUCCACCUUGAACGAGGUCCGGGCGGGUAAGGUCUACCGGGGAAGUUUGUGGAUCGUCGGAGAKUACUCCCUCGAGCAGAAUGACAUUCGAGAUGCUUGGAAGACCAUUCGCGCCAGCUUGGGUGAGAUCCCCAUCGUCGCCUCCGAGGCACGAUUGUUGGAAGAGCAGCCGGAUGGGGAGGCGGAGCUGGGAGACCAACCCAACGGCCAUUCCAAAUCGGCACCCACCGCACCCACCGGUUCACGCAAGGUACUCGCAGACGGCACAUAUGCCACAGAAAGCGCCCUCACCAGCACAUCAUCCGCCAAGGCUAAAUUGGACGCGGUCAAAGCAGCACAAAAGCCUCCUCUUCGACAGCUCAUUCUGGAUGGCGAUUACUUCCUUGCAACAGUGUUGUCAUCCACCCUCACCAAGCUCGUAAUGCGACACAACGAAAUCUCCGACGACCACGCACGAACAAACGCCCUCCGCGCAGAAGCCAUGCUGAUUAUGAUCUCCAUCAUCCGUGCCGGCCAGUCUCAAUUCGUCAAGGCGCCAAUCGAUGAGGACUCUGUAGAUCGAAUCAUGUCUUGUGUUCGCUCGUUGKCCGAGUUUGCCCAGAAAAAGGACCUCGAGACUGCCUUCCUGGACGACACACGGAAAGCCUUUGUCAACAUGGUGCAGGUCGAGGAGAAGAAGCGGGCGGAGAAGGAUGCCGUGCUCAAGGCYAAGUCAGCCAUUCAAGUCGAUGAUGUAGUCACCAUCCGACAACUCAGCAAGAAGAAUGCCGUAGAUGGAGCAGACGAGGCCGAGGUGGAUCUGGAAAAGGCUACAGGUGGUGAUAGCACGACCGAGAACCUGAGCUCCAAGCUCAGCCGUGUCGUGCAACUCACUGGUUUCUCCGACUCCGUCUACGCCGAGGCAUAUGUACAGGUACACCAGUUCGACAUCAUCCUCGAUGUCCUCCUCGUAWACCAGACCCGCGAAACCCUGCAAAACCUCUCCGUCGAAUUCGCAACACUGGGUGACCUCAAGGUCGUCGAGCGACCCGUGACUCAAAACCUCCCCGCCCUGGACUUCCUCAACGUCCAAGCAACCAUCAAAGUCAGCUCCACCGACACGGGAGUCAUCUUUGGGAAUGUCGUCUAUGAUGGUCCCUCAUCCACGGAAAGCAACGUCGUCAUUCUUAAUGACGUCCACGUCGACAUUAUGGACUACAUUCAACCCGCACACUGCUCCGAGACGCAAUUCCGAACCAUGUGGACGGAAUUCGAAUGGGAGAAUAAAGUCAACAUCAACACCAUCAUGCCCAAGGGAACGAAUUUGCGAGACUUUUUGGCGCGGUUGAUGAAGGUGACGAAUAUGAGCUGUUUGACUCCCGACGCCAGUUUGGAGGGAGAGUGUCAAUUUUUGAGCGCGAAUCUUUACGCAAGGAGUGUCUUUGGUGAGGACGCUCUUGCCAAUUUGAGCGUGGAAAAGGAUGGAGAGGGGGAUGGACCUGUGACGGGUUUCAUGCGGAUACGUAGUCGGAGUCAGGGGUUGGCGCUCAGUUUGGGGAGUUUGAAGGGGAUUAGUAAAAUUGGGGAGAUGGUGGUUUGA